CGGCACCGACACUACACCGAAACCGACACUACACCGAAACCGGCACCGGCACCGACACUACACCGAAACCGACACCGACACUACACCGGCACUGACACUACACCGAAACCGACACCGACACUACACCGGCACCGACACUACACCGACACCGACACCACAGCGGCCCCGGCCGGGGCGCUGUCCGGGGCGCUGCCACGCACGCUGCCGUGCCCAGCCCCGCUCCCCGCCCCGGGCCCCGAGCGCCCUGCCCGGUCCCGCCCCGAGGUGCCCGCACGCCCCGGCUCCGCCGCUCGAGCUCCCCCGUGCGCCCUGCCCCGGGAGCCGGCGCUGUCCCUGUCCCUGUCCCCGUCCCCGUCCCCGCACCGGCCAUGCCGGGCCCGCGGCGGGACCGCCCGGCCGUGCUGCUGCUGCUCGGGGCUCUGCUGGCCGCCGAUCUCUACUUCCACCUGUGGCCGCGGGCGCGGCGGGAGCUGGGCAGGAUCCCCGCGGGCAGGAUCCCCGCGGGCAGGGUCCCCCCGGGCAGGGUCCCCGCGGGCUGCCCCUGCCCCGCGCCCGCCGCCCCCGCGCUGCGCCGCCUCUUCGCCCACCCGCUGUACCGCGCCGCCCCGCCGGGCCCCGCCGAGCCGCUGCUGGGCGCCCGCGAAGCGCUGCGCUACUACCGGCGGAAGGCGGCUCGCUGGAACAGGAGGCACAGGCUGUACCGCGAGGAGCGGAACCUGAGCUCGGCCGCGCUGGCGCUGCCGCUGCCGCUGCCGCUGCGGCCCGAGGCGGGCUGGCUGCGCUUCCAGCUGGGCAUCAGCCGCCACGGGCUGUACCCGCGCUCCGGCGGCGCCGUCAGCAGCCUGCUGCGGGAGCUGCGGGAGCUGCCCACCGUCAGCGCGGACUACAGCCAGGAUGAGAAGGCGCUGCUGGGAGCCUGUGACUGCAGCCAGGUGGUGAAGCCCAGCGGUGUGCACCUGAAGCUGGUCCUCAGGUUCCAGGAUUUUGGGAAAGCCAUGUUCAAGCCCAUGAGGCAGAAACGUGAGGAGGAGACUCCUGAGGAUUUUUUCUACUUCGUGGAUUUCCAGCGGCACAACGCGGAGAUCGCCGCCUUCCACCUGGACAGGAUCCUGGAUUUCAGGAGGGUGCCACCCACCGUGGGCAGGCUGGUCAAUGUCACCAAGGACAUCCUGGAGGUCACCAAGAACGAGGUCCUGCAGAGCGUCUUCUUCGUGUCACCAGCCAGCAACGUCUGCUUCUUCGCCAAGUGCCCGUACAUGUGCAAGACGGAGUACGCCGUGUGUGGCAGCCCCCACCUGCUGGAGGGCUCCCUCUCUGCCUUCCUGCCCUCCCUCAGCCUGGCCCCACGCCUCUCCAUCCCCAACCCCUGGAUCCGCUCCUACUCCUUCGACGGCAAGGAGGAGUGGGAAGUGAAUCCACACUACUGCAACACAGUGAGGGAGAUCUACCCCUACAGCAACAGCAACCGGCUGCUCAACAUCGUGGACAUGGCCAUCUUCGACUUCCUGAUGGGGAACAUGGACAGGCACCACUACGAGAUGUUCACCAAGUUUGGGGACGAUGGCUUCCUGCUGCACCUGGACAAUGCCAGAGGGUUUGGGAGGCACUCCCACGAUGAAAUCUCCAUCCUGGCUCCUCUCUCCCAGUGCUGCAUGAAUAUUCAUGCAGGAAGGUGGCAGCAGCAUGCUCCUUCCCUUGUGUUCAGGCACACUGCACCUCGCCCCAUGUGCACUCCUGAUUUAGAUUGGUAUUAGCAAAAGUGUUUCCUGGAAAGGGCUGUAAAACAUGGACACAGGGAAAUCAUGGAGUCACCAUCCCUGGAAUUCUUCAAGGAAUGUGCAGAUGUGGCACUUGAGGCCAGGUUUGAUGGUGCUGGGACAGCAGUUGGAUUGAUGAUCCUGAAGGUGUUUUCCAACCUUAGAGAUUGUCCCCAGCACCUGGAGCAGCCACAGCCCUUCCCCAGACAGCACAGGGCCUGUUGGACUGCACAGAUCCAGAUCAACAAUCCCAAUGGAUGCCCUGGGUAAACAACAGUCUACAAAUACAAAUUCUUGAGCUGCCUAAAAUGGAUCUGACUACGCCUUCUUCCACCUGAAAAUUCUGUCUUGGCUAAAUCCAAAUGGUUCCAUAAACAUGGGCCCCUUUGUUUCCAAGAUUUAAAGGGCAAUAACUACAACCACUGAUUCAGUUCAGUAUUAGACAUGCUGAAGUCAACACAUUUCUGCUGAGGAUUAAACAAAUGAUUUCAGAAUACUUUAUUUCAAGCUCAGAAGAAUUCCAAGACUGCAGCUUUUCAUCCCAUUUUCUGUCAAAGCAAAUCACAUUUGAAUCUCAGUACCCCUUAAGGUGAAAAGUCACAGUUACAUCAGUUCCAGGAAAUAUUCCCUCUUUUUGCUCAGAGUUUUGACAGAAGAUAUUUUCUCAUUCGUGCCUUUUCAUUUACCUCCCCCUCUGCUCCCAUCUCAUAAAUGUCAUCCUUGGGGAGAUGGCACCACCCUGCAGGAACCUGGGGAACUGGGUCAUGUCUGACUCACUCACUACUGAGAACUUCAGUCAUGUUUUUCUCUCUGCUGACCAAAACUUGCAGUACAAAUACUCUGGAAAAACAAAGGAAAGAGUUUCUGGGAAAAAAAUUCAUUACCCUCCAAAAUUAAAAUUAAAGAAAUUUUCUUCAAAA